CCCCGGGCCGGCCGAGCGAGCGAGCGGGCGAGCCGGGAGGAGGAGGGAAGCGGGGGGCGAGGCCGCAAAGGCGGAGGGAUCUGCGCAUCAAAGGGAGCGAGGCGAGCAAAGUUUGGCUGGGGGUUGGACUUUCCUUCCCGGAGGCGGCACCCAAACAGCAACCCCGUGCGGAAACCCAAACUUUGUGCUGCCACUCCGACUCCCGCGGCCGCCGCCUCCGCCCCGCGCCCGGGGCCUUCCCGACUCGGCGCCGCUGCCGCCUGCCCGCCCGCCCCGCCGCCCUUCUCUCCGCCGGGAAGCCGCUCCGGGCUCAGGGCCGCGCGCCGAGCCCCGCAGGCUGCAACGCCGCGGCCCGGCCCGGCGCACCGGCAAGUUCGCCGAGAGUUGAGGCGAAGUUUGGGCGGCCGCAGCCGGCCCGGGCCGAGCUCCCUUCUGCGCCCCCGGCGUCCCGCCGAGCCCAGCCCCGCCGGGGGCGCCCCUCGCCGCCCGCGCGCCCUUCCCAGCCAUGUCGUCCAUCCUGCCCUUCACCCCCCCGAUUGUAAAGCGCCUGCUGGGCUGGAAGAAGGGCGAGCAGAACGGGCAGGAAGAGAAGUGGUGUGAGAAGGCAGUCAAGAGCUUGGUCAAGAAGCUCAAGAAGACGGGGCAGCUGGACGAGCUGGAGAAGGCCAUCACCACGCAGAACGUCAACACCAAGUGCAUCACUAUCCCCAGGUCCCUGGACGGCCGGCUGCAGGUGUCCCAUCGGAAGGGGCUCCCCCAUGUCAUCUACUGCCGCCUGUGGCGGUGGCCCGACCUGCACAGCCACCAUGAGCUGCGGGCCAUGGAGCUGUGUGAGUUCGCCUUCAACAUGAAGAAGGAUGAGGUCUGUGUGAAUCCCUACCACUACCAGAGAGUAGAGACGCCAGUUCUACCUCCUGUGUUGGUGCCACGCCACACAGAGAUCCCGGCCGAGUUCCCCCCGCUGGACGACUACAGCCAUUCCAUCCCCGAAAACACUAACUUCCCCGCGGGCAUCGAGCCCCAGAGCAAUAUUCCAGAGACCCCACCCCCUGGCUACCUGAGUGAAGAUGGAGAAACCAGCGACCACCAGAUGAACCACAGCAUGGACGCAGGUUCUCCAAACCUAUCCCCGAAUCCGAUGUCCCCAGCACACAAUAACUUGGACCUGCAGCCUGUCACCUACUGCGAGCCGGCCUUCUGGUGCUCCAUCUCCUACUACGAGCUGAACCAGCGCGUCGGGGAGACAUUCCACGCCUCGCAGCCAUCCAUGACGGUGGACGGCUUCACCGACCCCUCCAACUCGGAGCGCUUCUGCCUGGGCCUGCUCUCCAACGUCAACAGGAACGCCGCGGUGGAGCUCACUCGGAGGCACAUCGGGAGAGGCGUGCGGCUCUACUACAUUGGAGGGGAGGUCUUCGCAGAGUGCCUCAGCGACAGCGCUAUUUUUGUCCAGUCUCCCAACUGUAACCAGCGCUAUGGCUGGCACCCAGCCACCGUCUGCAAGAUCCCACCAGGAUGCAACCUGAAGAUCUUCAACAAUCAGGAGUUCGCAGCCCUCCUGGCGCAGUCUGUCAACCAGGGCUUCGAGGCCGUCUACCAGCUGACUCGGAUGUGCACCAUCCGCAUGAGCUUCGUCAAAGGCUGGGGUGCGGAAUACAGGAGACAGACAGUGACCAGCACCCCCUGCUGGAUUGAGCUACACCUGAAUGGGCCUUUGCAGUGGCUUGACAAGGUCCUCACUCAGAUGGGCUCCCCAAGCAUCCGCUGUUCCAGCGUGUCUUAGAGACAUCGGGUGUGAAGGGGGAGGGUGGGGAGGGCGGGCUUGGGGAAAUGGCCAUGUAGGAGGUGGAGAAGAUUGGAACUCUACUCAACCCAUUGUUGUCAAGGAAGAAGUUUUUCUCCCUCAACUAAAGUGGCACCAGCCUGUUCUGCAAAACACAAAAGCAAACCCAGAGAUGGAUUUUAUGAACAACUGUUUCUGCUGAACGCAUCUGCCCUUUGGUGCCAGCUUCAAGGGCAAGUGGCUUCCGGUCUGAUGGUCUGAGUGAACAGAACAGGUAGUGUUUCACCACCUGCCCCCAACCGCCAGCCUCCUUCCUUUUUGGAUGACAGCAAUCUGGGAUGUCACAGUCCAACUGAAAUGCCCCCCUGUCCGGGACUGGAUUGUGGAGUUCGCCUUGGAAGGGUGUUCUUGGUAGGAAAAGCCUGCAGGGCCGUGAACAGACCUCACGCCCAGCUCUCAGCGCUUUUGACGAAGGCUUCGACUGAGCACUCCUGACCAAGCCCCACCACUCCAGCAGACCCUGCGCCUCGGGAGCCAGAUUGACUUGGGGUGGGGAGGGGACUUGCCUGUCCCCCGCCCCUCUCAGAACAUACCAGUUGGCCUGGGCGUGUUCAGCAGAACAUGUGCACGGGACAGUGGGAAUUGGUGAGAGCCACCUCUUCUUUAAAAACUUAAAUUUGUCCUUUUUCACUUUGAAAAGUCGGAAGGAUCUGCUGCAGCUCAGUGCGUAUGCAGUGUAGAGUUUGUUAUCACAGUAAUCUCAAAGAGAUUUGAAUGAUGGUAAGUGUCCACGUGAAGCGGGAGGCCGUGGCCACGGGAUGGCGUUCAGGCUGAGGCAGCACCAUCCUGAGUGCAUCCCUGUCAUCUGUAAGAGCUCGCUCCAGAUUCGGAUGCAUACGGCUAUAUUGAUUUAUGUAGUCAGUUGCAGUAAUUAAAUCAGCUUUAUCAUAUGCUC